AUGUCUCUUGAGGAGUUCCUCGGUGACGAUUCAUUAGGCGAUUCCGUAUGGAAUGAAGAUGAAAUCAAUCUAGAUGCAAUCAACAAUACAACCAACAUUGACGUUUUGAAACCAACAACUACAACAAUGGAGCAAGGUUUCAACGGAUUAUCUCAAAAUAACACUCCAGGCAACUUUUCACGUUCUCCAAGUUCUGCAUUGAACCAACCAAUUCCAGCUAAUCAUCCAGGAUUGGGUGGUCAUGCCGUCUAUCGUACUUAUCCUGAUACAUCAAAUCAACCUCAGGGCCCUCCAUACAUUAUUAAAUUUUCAAAUUUACCUCCUAAAUUCUCCGAUUAUGAUAUUAAAGAUUUAUUUCAAGCGAAAUACACUAAAUUUGUUAAAUUUAAAUUGUUUUGGGAAUUAAAUAAGAAACCAACCAUUGCAGUAUUGAAAUCAGGUUCCAUCUUUGAUCAAAAUUUUAAACAUGAUUCCAAAGUAGCAUUCGUUGAAUUAUAUACUUCUCGUGAUAUGGAUAAAGUUCGAAACAAUUGGGUGGUACCAUUAAAGGAAAUUUAUCAAAUUAACACGGAACCUGCGCAUUUCGACGAUUUUAAAGAAUAUAUUGCCAAAAAUACAUUAUUAACUGACCCCAAGGAUGACCCUUCAAAACCUUAUGUGCUUCCAAAACCUAAACCAAAUCCAUUCGGUACUGCAAAACCUGUGGAUACUCAAUCUAAAGUUUUAGACAUUGAAGAAAAAAUGCGUCAUUUACAUGUAGAAGAUACAACUACUUUAAGAAGAUUAUCUCAAGGUGACUCCAAUAAUAAUGGCAAUACUAGGCCUAAAGUUACCAUAUUAAAGAAAGAACAUAAAGAAACAACCAUUCCAACGGAACAAACAGAACAUACUCCUGAAACCGAAGAAUCAAAAGAACAGGAAAAAACAAAAAACAUUCCAAAACCAUUAAGUUACUCACAAGUACUACAAAGAUCUGUUGAAGAUAUAAAGAAAGGUUCAGUAUCGCCAACCGCACCAAACGGUCUUUCAUCAUCGUCAGGUAAUGGUGGUCCUUUAAAUGAACGAAGUUCUUCAAGUGUAGAGAAUUCACAGUCAUCAUCAACCUCAAGCCGCGAAAACAAAACGGAACAAAUAAAUGAAGAUAACAACACUCAUAAUGAUGAUGUUGAUGAUGAUCAUGACGGUAAGGAAAAUAUGCAAGAUCAUAAUGACGGGAAACCCUUCGUAUUUAAAAAUUCAGAAAGAGAAACUUCAGCUGAUACAACUGGAUCUCGUCCAACAACAUUCACCUCGCCAUCAUCAUCAUCAUAUGAUUAUAAAUCGAAUAUGAGAGGUGGAUACCGUGGUGGUAGUAGUAGAGGAUCAUACAAUAGACGCGGUGGACGUGGUCGUGGAGGAUCUUAUCAGUCUCGUAAUAAUACAUAUAAUAAUUCUGAACAACAAUCGCAGCAAUCACAAGAACGUAAUUUUAAUGAUAAUAACGAUAGUAACGAAAAUAAUAAUAAUAAUAAUAAUAAUACAAAUAACGGUGCAAAUGAGGAGAAAGGACAAUAUUCUUUAUUUGCUCCAGCAAGUGGAUUCUUACAAUCAUCAGAUGGUUCAAGAACAUCUUCAAGAGGUGGUGGUAGAGGAAAUUUGAACACGCGUAGAGGAGGAUCAGGAGGAUCAGGGCGUGGAAGUUCCCGUGGGGGCAGUGGAGUACGUCGUGGCGGUAGAGGUGGAGGAGGUUAUAAUAGAGGUUACCGUGGAGGAGCCAGUAAUAACGACAGGUUCACAACAGCAUAA